UAUUUUCAGUGGGGAAGACUGAAAUACUGUUUCAGAAGUUCAGGUCUUUGGCAAUAUGAUAAUUAGGAUGGGGGCAGUAGGAACAGAGAAGAAAGGAGUGAAGUCGAUAUGAAAGUGAAAUCAGCAGAAUAUAGAACAUUCAAGGCUUUUUGCUACCCAGAGGGAGCAACAUUUUGAGGUAGCCAGAGUUUGCGCGUUUGCUUUUUAUUUCAGCUGUCUCUCUGUAAGGGCCUUAUUUCUUUUGAGCAGUUUAAAACCAGAAUCUGGCCACAGCAUUAAGGGCUCUGCUUCUUUCUGAGUGUGGUCCCCCGGGGCCCCUUGAUCUGGGGGUUCCAGGCCCUCUUGAAGCGCCCUUUUGACCACUGGGGCUGCAGCGCGUACCCUGAGAGGCUUGUUCUGAGUUGAUGUGGAGAGCAGUAGCAGGAAGUUGUGGGUUCCAGAAGGGAUUCACUUUAAGCAGCCCAGGGAAAGAAAUUUCUGCAUGUGUGAACCCAGUGACUCAGUUUUGUUGAGAAGGGAGACUGGGAUUGAAGAAGGCCGAAGUCUUUCUUGUUUCCUUGGGAGACAGCAGUUAGGUAGAGAAAAGAGAAGAGGAUGAAAAUGAAAAAUAAAAGUUGUUAACAUCUAUCAAGUGACAUUUGCAGCUUCAGUUCAGUCAACAGGAGCCUGCUGGAGAGAUGGUUAGAAGUACCUGAGACCAAUUAAAGGUGCUCCAGUCUGUAGCAGGGAGUGAGGUCUGUGCUGGCUCCUCAGCCCUUCCCUCCAAGCACUGUACUUAAAGACAUUCCUUCUUUCCCUCAGCCUCUUUGUCCUUGGUUCCCAGGAACUGCUUCAGGUUGUGGUGCAAGUUGAGACUGACCAAUGUACCUGGGGCAGCAGGGCUCCUUUUUUCUUCCUGAAACCCCUUUUGAACAGUGGAAGAAGACGACACCUGGUUGAGAAAGGAUGCCCACCAAGGGGAAAUACUUCCUCAAUGAGGAUGAGGAGUGGAAGAGCAAAGAUUCCCGCUAUGAGCAGUUCCACCACAUGAGCCAACACUACCCUCUCCUGCUCAUCUUCCUUUCUAUUGCUAUCAUCUUCUCAGUCAUCCUCAUCGUUCUUGCCUUCUUCCAUGGGAACCGCCUCGCACACCAACCCUUCCUGGUGACGGCAUUCAUGACGCUUAUUCUGUUUGCAAUCAUUUAUGCGCUGGUAUACAUCGAGUGCCUCUUUCAGAAAUGGCUCAAAUUCUUUGCUGUGAUCAUCUGGAUUUGCUUCUUGACCCUGGGUUUCGUCUUAAUCUUCGACUCAAGGGAUGAGAAAACCUAUGUGUGGGAGCAGGUACCCUUCUUUCUCUUCAUCAUCUUCACUGUGUAUACCAUGCUGCCUUUUGAGAUGAAGGAGGCCAUUGUGGUGAAUGUCCUGUCUACCCUGUCUCAUCUGCUCGUGCUAGGUUUCCGGGCUGAGGUGUUCACGGCGGCGCUCCGCUUACCGGUAGUGCUCCAGUUGCUGGCAAACACCACCAUUUUCCUUUGUGGGAACUUGAUGGGUGCCUUUCACAAGUCCCAAAUGCAAGAUGCAUCCAAGGACCUCUACAUCUACACCCUUAAGUACAUCCAGAUCCGAAGGAAACUGAAGAUCAAGAAGCGUCAGCAGGAGAACCUGCUGCUCUCAGUAUUGCCAGCUCAUAUUUCCAUGGGAAUGAAGCUGGCCAUCAUUGAGCGGCUCAAGGAGAACAAUGACAGACGCAGUAUGCCUGACAACAACUUCCACAGCCUUUAUGUCAAGCGGCACCAGAAUGUGAGCAUCCUGUAUGCCGACAUCGUGGGCUUCACCCGUCUGGCCAGCGACUGUUCCCCGAAGGAGCUUGUGGUGAUGCUGAACGAGCUCUUUGGGAAGUUUGACCAGAUAGCCAAGGAAAACGAGUGUAUGAGGAUCAAGAUUUUGGGGGAUUGCUAUUACUGUGUUUCUGGUUUGCCAGUGUCCUUACCAACUCACGCGAGGAACUGUGUGAAGAUGGGACUUGACAUGUGUGAAGCCAUCAAGCAAGUGAGGGAAGCCACAGGUGUAGACAUCAACAUGAGAGUGGGCAUUCACUCUGGAAAUGUGCUCUGUGGGGUCAUCGGUCUUCGAAAGUGGCAGUAUGAUGUGUGGUCCCAUGAUGUCUCCUUGGCCAACCGGAUGGAGUCAGCUGGGGUCCCUGGCCGGGUGCAUAUCACUGAAGCCACAUUAAAUCAUCUGGACAAAGCAUAUGAAGUGGAGGAGGGGAAUGGAAAGGAGAGAGACCCUUACCUGAAGGAGAUGAACAUUCAGACCUACCUGGUCAUAGACCCUCGGUCCCGGCAACAGCAGCCGGUCAGCCAGCACCUCCCAAAGCCGAGAGCCAACGAUGCCCUGAAGAUGCGGGCCUCUGUCCGAAUGACCCGCUACCUGGAGUCCUGGGGGGCCGCCCGGCCCUUUGCAUCUCUCAAUCACAGGGAGAGUCUGAGCACGGACAUCCUCAUCCCCAAAGUGAAGCGACCAAAGGCAAUCCCCUUGCGGCGUCACAGGGAUGCGGACAGAAAUGCGUCUCCAAAGGGGAAAGCUGAGGAGGACACCUACGAUGAAGAGCUGAUGUUGGCCAUUGAAGGUCUCAGCUUGGCCAGACCCUGCUGCUGCGGGAAUUCUGAAGACUUCUACACCAUUGGAACGUUCUUUGUGGAGAAGAACUUUGAGAAGGAGUACCGAACAAUGCCGGUCCCCAGGGUCCGCAAUUACUUUGCUUGUGCCGCCCUUGUCUUCUGCUCUCUCUUGCUGGUCCACGUCUUAGUCAUACGCACGACUGCAGAAAUGGGGAUCUCCUUUGGGAUUGUGGCCGCCAUGAUAGUGCUGGCCUUGGGGGCGUGUUUUGCGGAUGAUGUCCUGAAGUGCUGCCGAGAUCAGUCCGGCCUUCGCCUCCUUAGGACCCUCUCCCAGAAGGUGGAGACCGAGCCUCUGCUGAGACUGUCCUUGGCUGUCCUGACCAUUGGUGGCCUGCUGACCGUGGCCAUCGUGAAUCUGUUACUGACACCGCCUCAGCAGUCCUGUGCGCACUUCACUGAGCCGAGUCGUGAGGACAGCACCCCUAGCCAGUGUUCUGUCCUUCCGUACUACGCCUACAGCUGUAUCCUGGCCUUCAUCGCCUGCUCCAUGUUCCUGCGGAUGAGCCUGGAGCUGAAGGUGCUGAUGCUGACGGCCUCGGGCAUCUUCUACCUGGUGGUCUUUAACACUUACAUCAAUGGGAGCCCAGAGGCAGAUGACAUCGGGCCCAGGAACACCACUCUCAACAGCAGUUCCCCCUCCUACCUAGGCUCCUCCAGUGUCUCAACUUCACGAUUCAUGAAAGAUCUGAAAAUAAUGAUCAAUUUUUACCUGUUCCUGUUUUAUUUUACCCUUAUCUUGCUGUCAAAACAGAUCGAUUAUUACUACCGCCUGGACUAUCUGUGGAAGAACAAGUUUAAGAAAGAACAGGAAGAAUUUGAAACCAUGAAGAAUGUGAAUCAUCUCCUGCUGGAGAACGUCCUCCCUACUCAUGUGGCCGAGCAUUUCAUUGGGGACAAGCUCACUGAGGACUGGUAUCACCAAUCUUACGACUGUGUCUGCGUCAUGUUUGCAUCUGUGCCCGAUUUCAAAGUGUUCUACACCGAGUGUGACGUCAACAAGGAGGGCCUCGAGUGCUUGAGGCUCCUAAAUGAGAUCAUCGCGGACUUUGAUGAGCUACUGCUGAAGCCAAAAUUCAGUGGGGUGGAGAAGAUCAAGACUAUCGGUAGCACCUACAUGGCAGCUGCUGGGCUCAGCCUCACCCCUGGGCAGGAGAAUAACCAGGAUCAGGAGCGCCAGCAUGCCCACAUAGGCAUCAUGGUGGAGUACAGCAUUGCUCUGAUGAACAAGCUAGAUGGCAUCAACAGGCACUCCUUUAACACCUUUCGGCUCCGGGUUGGCAUCAACCAUGGGCCGGUCAUAGCUGGGGUGAUUGGUGCACGCAAACCUCAGUAUGACAUCUGGGGAAACACAGUCAAUGUUGCCAGUCGAAUGGAGAGCACUGGAGAACUUGGGAAAAUCCAGGUUACUGAGGAGACCAGUACCAUCCUCCAGAAGCUGGGCUAUUCUUGUGAAUGCCGGGGACUGAUCAAUGUCAAAGGCAAAGGAGAGCUAAGAACUUACUUUGUCUGUACAGAUACCACUAAGUUCCAAGGUAUGGGGCUAAACUGAGGAAUUCCACUGGAUUGUAAGGUUCACUUACUUUGCCUUUCUUACACAAGCAGAGGAUCGAUGGCUUGGCCCUUGGAACUUUGGUGACAAGCAGAAAAAGCUACCAUCUCCCGGGCUUGCUUUAAAGAAUUUCUCCUCUCUUGGCCGUGAGACUCUACUUUUAGUCUAAGCCAACUACAGUGCUGAAACUUUGAGAAAGAACUUUCUAAAAGAAACUUUGAGAAAGAACUCCAGGAGCGAGGCAUCAAGCUGCCAAUGGCAUGGGAGAUAGCAAGCUUCUGGCGUUCUUGCUACAGACCUUGUAGAGCUGUUCCUGGGCAGAAGGCAGGAGUUUGGAUUGUUAACUGUACCUGGAAACUGUUACAUCAUAGAGUGCCAUCUAGUGACUUCUUGGCAACAAUGAGACUCUUUUUAUAGAAACUUUGACAUAUAGUCAGUUCCUGUUAUCUAAUGUCACUUUAAAAUGGAUUUUCUGUUGGGCUUGGGAUGGGCCCUCGACUCUAUUCUGGUUACCUAUGGAGGAAUCACUUCUGUGAAAGAACUAUGGGAAUGAAUACCAAUUGACUUUCUUAGUUAAUAACAGGGCCAGACCUAGAUCGUGGUUUGAGAUCCCUAUUAGUUCCACAUGUCACAGAUAAAACCUUUGUUGGGGGAUGGGGAUGACUCAAAACCCCCCAAAACCCUAAAGGCAUUUUCUUUCAUUUCUAGAUUUUAAACAAUGGAGUGUGUUUAUAAGGAAACAUUACUGAAGAUAAUUACUAACUGUUCCUAUUUGCUGUUUUUCUGUUUCCCCUGUUCUCGUGAAUUUGUUCUAAAUGGAUUUGUUGUUAUUGGGACAUUUUAAAAGAUUUUCUCAGUGCUGGAAGAAUUAAUUUGUUAGUCUGUCAUCUGUCUUCUUAAACUGACUGAAAAGCCCAAGAAAUCAAUGCCAUGACUUUUGUGUUCUUAGUACUUGUUCUGGGCAUCGAAUAGAGUCACCUUGGCUCUAAAAUCAAAUUUUCUCUGCAAGCAUUUUCAGUUUGGUUCUCUGAAGAAGGUAGAAGGUUAAAAAAAAAAAAAAGCCUUUUUUUUGGGGGGGGGUUGGUAAAUUAGAUUCAAUCUCUUACCCCUCAUUUAUUAUAUGGGUAUUAGACUUAUUAAACAUCAGUAAUCUUAAAUUAUGUUAGAAACUAUCUGCUUUUGUAGCUAUGUUGUUACUUUUCAAGCCAGAGGAAAACUAUACAUAUAAUAUAAAGUUGUCCCAACAUGAAAAUCUUCCCUUACAUCUUUGGUUUGUAAUUGGAAAAUUGGAAACCAGAUGGAGAGUUUGAAUGCAGAUCCUCAAUUCUGCGUUCCUUUCAUUGCCCCACCCUACCUUCUGAAGGAUGAAGGAAUGAUAACCUAUUUCAUUUGUUUAUAAGCAGAACUAAACUAGUAAUAAAAUUUUAGGGAAAGUUUCCUAGUCUAGGCCUAGAGGUUUUAAAAAUGCUGAAUUUCAUUUCAUGUGUAGACAUUUCUGUGACAAAUUACCACUCAGUUUGGAUACCACUCAGUUCAUCUCAUCCAAAUUCAGUUUUCCACGUAGGGGCUGGAGUUUACGACUUCCAAAAACACUUUCAAAGAUACCUAACAAACCAGAAAGUUAAGUGAACAGAAAAGGCCUUUUGUGAUCCAGAGGUGUCAAGUUCUGUCCUGUGAGACCCUUAGGAGCAGUCUUAUUUAAUAUUCUGUCUUGGGUGAGACUAAAUCUGGAGUACAAUUAGGUACAAAUGAUUCCCCAGAAUUGCUUGCUUUAUUUGAAUUUAUACCACUAUUUCUAUACCAAUCACUGUAUUUUACAGAAUUAGAACUUCAAAUAGUGUGAAUUCCUAUUACAUAUGGCCACUUCAUGGGAUUCAUUAUGGGGUUAAUUAGGACUUGAUCAUAAUAUUCAGUUUGGCAUUCUACAUUUUAAGGAGGAGGAUAAGCUGGAAUGUCUGGAAGAAGGCAAUCAGGAGUGUUGAAGGACUUCAAGCACAUACACUAUAUAUAUAUGUCAUAUUUAAAUAAACAUUUGUCAGGUGGGUCCCUCAGCACAGUCUUCAUGCAAAGCUGGAUAAAAGCUUUUUUACUUAGGUAUGGGUUGGAACAUAAGGCCUCUGAAAUCCUUUUCAAUACUGCAAUACUAAUACUCUACCAUGAGUAGCUGGUAUCUGAAAUCAUGAAGCACCUGAUUUAACUGUAUUAAAAAUGAAGCAAUGUUUCUCUAUUAGCAAGUAAAAUAAAACUCUGCUUUUAUUGGUAUGGGCACUCUCUUUACAGAUGGAGAUCACAACCCUUCUAUGACUUAGUAGAUGGUGCUAAUGUAUUGAUGUGGCUCAAAAAAUCUUAUCCACCUCGAGGCCAAGUCUUGUAUUAUAAGCCUCUCCAUUCUAACUUGUGGGAAAACACGUGCGGGUAGUAUGUGUGUAUCAUUUGUUGUUACAAAUAAAGAAUGGCUCAGGAUCUGGAUGAGUUUGUGUGAAAAGUUGCCAUGGCCUCAAAUAACCAGAAUCUCUCCAUCCCUCACUGAAGCAAGCAUCAGCAGUUUUAGCAGAGGUGUUUUAGAUGUCACCAAGUAAAAUCUGUUCAGGAAGGAAAAUAGGUUUGUACCAGUUUGGAUAUUUGGCUACAUGGUUUUUUACUGAGUACUCCCCACUCAGAUGAAAAUGAGAAGUUUUCUAGACUGAAGCUGCUAGAAAAAAUGAAUUUAUUUGGAAAUAUCAGUGUUCAUGUUUGACAACAAAUCAAUUUAAACAAAGCUAGUCUUUUCCAUGACCUAAGAAUAUCUACUAAAGUGGCAAACUGUCUAAUGGGAAACAGUUUAAAGUUGUUUAGUUUACAUGUUUAUAAUUAUUUCCAAGAGAAAUAGAUAAUCAUUAAUAAAAAUUGUUAUAUGUUCAGAAUAA